GUAGGGCCUUUAAUAGAACUAUGCAUUUCACUCAAGCGCUGGUUUUAAUUCUAACGUGGACCGCGGCUAUAUUUGCCAAAUCUACCAAGAAAAGCAUAGGAAAAUCGUUGAAUAACAUCGGGGGAGGAGUGGAGCUCACAGGCAUCAGUCGAGGGACACUGCUGAAGGUGCUGUCAGCGUUUGAAGAGGACAUCAACGUUAGGUUGAAGUACCGUCCGGUGAAGCCGCUGUUCCAAGCUCAGUUCCUCAACAUACGACACAGCAAGCCACACAUAUACCCCUUCCUGUGUGACCAGGGAUGUCCGCGCCUAGGGUCACCAACAAAAUAGAACAUCA